GAAUCUUUUGUGAGAUUGCUUUGUACUUGUUCUUAAAUCUGAAAUCCAAAGGAAAUGGAUAAUGAUUAUUGAAAUCCUUAUUAUCUUGAUAUUUAUCUGAAAUUAAUUCUUGCACUGUUCUUGGAAUGUAUUUUAAAUUGUCCUUGAAAACCAUUCUUGUCUUGACUCUUGCUCAUGCUCAAAUUCUGUAUACUGCUCUUGCUCAAAUCCUGCAUAUUCUACUAGUUCUUGUUUUGGAUUUAUAAGGCAUCUAUGCACUUGUUCAUUCAUUCAUGAUUCAUAUAUCCAUUGGAUGCUUAUUUGUCUUUGAUAGAGUUCAAAGUUUUGUUGUACUCGUCUUUAAAUCCAUGCCAUUCUUUGCCAACUCGUCUUGUGUUGGGUUCAUAGCGUAACCCCACAAUUGUUCUUUUGUGGCUUUGGCAGGAUUUAUUUUUAUUCCUUGUGCUUCCCAUAUCAUCCCAGCCUCUAGUAGCUUGUUUCAUGCCUGAUUAUGCUCUUCUUCUUCUUCUCCCCGUUGCAGCCACCCGAAAGAAGAAAAAAAAAGGGAACCUGGCACCAGCCUUUGAGAAACCAGUGAGAGAGCUUGAUUUUAUCCUUCUUUUCUUGUUCAAGAACAAGAUUGGAGCCUUGAAACCUUCUCCCCCUGCUGGAAAUUCCAAAUCUGCUCUGCUCCUUCCUUCCUCACCGCUGGCUGCUCUUGAUUGUGGGUGAUUUCUGGGCAUUUUUUCGAUCCCCCUAAAUUCCCCUGCACUACUGCUGGCUACUCCCCCCUGCUAGGUCCGGUUUGCAGCUGGAAAAUCUGUGCGGUAUUAAUUCUGGGGUAUUUUGAUUAGGUUCUUGAUCGUUCUGUCAGUUUAGCACUGAGAUUGAGUUUUUUGCUUUAUGCGAUUGAGGUAAGGAAAUUAUGCUAAUGCCCUUUGAUUUUUAAAAGCAUGUUUUGAUUUGUUUUUGAAGUGGUGGCGGAACUAAACCCGUUUUACGCGA